AUGGUGCAGCCCGGUCCUGUUGGUACCCCUCCACAGUCCGAGUGCCAUGACGAAGCCCGCAAUGUGCCCACAGCUCACUCCGGGCGACUUGUGUACGCCAGACCCCAAGACCUGCCCAGCUUCCCAUCAGUAGGCCUGAAAGCGAAUGGCUCCGCGGCCAGCGCUGCAGCGUCAUUAGGUUGGGCCAACCAAAAGUCACCCGAGCCCUGGAAACCGAACAAGUCGGCUUCGGCUUCAGCGGCCGCCAUACUGGCCAAAGAUCACAAGAUGGCUGCGGCAUGGAAACCAACGCCAAGUAGUGAAGGCGCGCAAGCUGCCAUGCUCGCGCACAAGGCAUCGAGGACUUCCGAGAGCCGGAAACCAUCUACGACCGACCAUGGUCAUUCGGCAGCCGCGCAAGCUUUUAAUGCAGGCCGCAACUCUAUGCCCAACUCCCGUGCUAACACCUUGGACCAUCGAGGGUCUCUCAUGGCAGCAAAAGGCGCCAUGGCUACCCGCCCCAGGGCGAACACCGCGCCAGCUUCGAGGGAAUCAUAUCCGGACAAGGCGAACGCGGCUGCUAUUGCUCUCAAAGCCGCCACCAAAGCCCACCAGCCGAAUCGUUCAUCAGUACCAAGCAAAGAAGGCGGUGCGGCCCCGUACACCAACAUGAAUCGACAAAUGUUCAUUUCGCAGCCAGCCUUCAAGCUGGAAGCGAAAGACCAGACCCGGGAAGAAGAGUUGCAUGCUUCGGCUGUGGCCAUGGCCAAAAAGAUGUUCAAGCAACAGCAAAUACUCAUCAACCAGGCAAAGAAGCUGAGCGCGAACGACCCUCAAAUACCACGACGCCGCAGAAGCUCGAGUAGCCUAAGCGACGACGUGCAGCCAAUGCAAUUCAACACCCUACAGGACGCAGCCUACAAGCUUGCCCAGGAGCGACUGACCAAGCUCCAUGAGGACAACAUGAAGAAUCGUGAUUAUCAAGACUACUACGGACAAGGCAAGGCACCGCGCAAAUUCUCCGUCAGAGCCAAGCUUCGUAGGAGAGCCUCGAGCGACGGCGCUGUCAUAGAGGAUCGCCAACGGUCCCGGCAGAUUAGGAAACAAAUGUCCAUCUUCUCCAACAAGCUUUCGGAAGUCGACCAGAAGAAGAGGCAACAAGACCGCGAUGCGCUGCUUGCUGUCGCACAGAGAAACGUUCAAGCAAGACUCAAGGGCAUGGAUGAUGCGGUUGCUGAAAAGACCGGCAUGGUUCCUCCGUCGACCCUCAGUCAGUGGGAAGCGAAGGCAUAUUCCGCCGCCCAAGCUCGGAGUGACAAUCGAUUGAGCAAGCACGGAAAAGUUGAUCUUGGUGCUGGCAAGUACAUGGAUCAGGACGAUAUCAAUGCAAUUGCGGCCCGCAGAGUGCAACCGGUCCUCGAUGAGAUCAACGACAAGGCCGACAGAGAACAUGCGAGGCAAUUUGAGGCGAGUCUCGAGGCAGAAAGAACGAAGGAGAAGGAAGAGAUUGAGAACGCUCGUGAGAAGGAAGUGCAGGACAUUUAUAAAAAACUCAAAGACCAAGAGAAGCAGGAGGCAAAAGCCGCCAAGGAUGAAGAGCGAGCCGUGAGAGCGGAACAGAAACGCCUCGCCAAAGCGGCGAAGCACAGGUCUGCCCCGGCCUCUGUUCAGUAUUUCUACCCAGAAGAUGAGCCCGCGGUGGACGACACAACAGAGGUCGCAUUGAAUGAUAUUGGCCAGCCUGUAAAAGUCCUAACAUCCCCCGCACCGGCGACAGGAACUGGAGAUCAGGGCCGUAUCAACAUCGAUGUCCCAGAUGAGCACAAACAAAAACGACGAACCCGCUCAGGUAGCUCGUCUCCUAAGUCACCGACGGGCAAGGUUAAAACAUGGUUCAAGUCCCGCUUUUCCCGGGGCUCAAAAUCCGACGAUGACAAGCCCAAGUCCAAAGACAAGGACAACAGCCAGAGGGGCUUCAUCGGCGGAGCUGCCCUCACGGGCAUGACAUCCAACAACGACAGCUCCAGCAGCGUCGACAACCGUAGCGCCAGCGUGCGAGCGGUUGCCAUGGCAGGAAGACGGCGAACCGACCUCUCGGACGACCUAUCCAGGUCGCAGUUUCGGUCUCAAAGUGCCAUCGAUCCAAACGAGGUCUCCCCUAUGAGCAGCAGUUCUAGCGAGGAUGACUUCUUCGGCGAUGAGGCUAGGGACCGGGUCGGUGUUGGGCUGUCGCCGCCGAAGCCAAUACAGGACCCGGCGGAGAGGAAGAGCCUGAGUCCUGUUAGAGACUCUAGGUUCCAUGAGAUUAUUUGA